AUGAUUCAUCAAGCCAAAUAUGUGGACGAUAUGCUCGAGAAGUUCGGGUUCAGAGACGUUAAACCUGCUUUGACGCCUAUGGCGGAGAGACCACUACUGACUCCUGAUCUUGAAGGCGAAUCCAUAGACCAAACGGAUUACAGAUCAAUGAUUGGAUCGCUGAUGCAGCCCAUAACUGGGUCUGUGGUAUCAAAAAAUUCCGAUUUUGAUCUUUAUGCUUUUGCAGACAACAAUUAUGGUGAUUGCGAGCUUGACAGGAAAUCGACUUCAGGUGGAUAUCAAUUUUUAGGAGAUAGGCUGGUAUCUUGGCAAUUCAAGAAGCAGCAUACUGUCUCGACCUCAACAGCAGAAGCAAAAUACGUAGCUGCGUCUGCCUAUUGCUCUUAA